GGAAGCUCCUCAGAUCCGAUAGUUGAAAUAUUUAGGAAAAUAAAACUCGAGCAAACCGCGCGGACAGAUGUGCUGUUUGAGUGUCGGAGCCAUGAAGGAGUGAACCGGCGGCAGCGGGGAAACCUGAGAUCUGAUCUGGAUGGAACCGACGGGUCUACGAGACGUUUUCAAAUGUAUAACACUAUCCAUCGCAGCAAUGGAGGAUAUCGGUCUCCAUCACAAACCCACCAAUGACCCCCCUCUACACAGACCUACUGACACUUUUGGGCUGCACCACAUCCCACCAGACUAUCUGCACGUCACUGAUGCAAAUAGGAAAUCUGACUUGCAAAAAGAUGGACUGUCCAGAAAAAGGUCCCACUCGGUAAUGAUGGCAGAGCCACAAAUGACUCCCCAGUUUCCUCUACAGACUGCAGGUCCUCUGGGUGCUGACACCAUGCACUUUAAUACAGCUGCCAAAAAUGGAAACGCUAAUUUGGAUAAGGCUGGAGCUGGCAGGAAAAAAGCCAGAGUCGGAGAUCCAUCAAAGUGGAAGCAAAACAAGCAGAAACAGCUGAGGAUGGAGGGCAAAGCGUACGUGAGCAAACGCAAAAAAGACGGGGAGGCUGUGACAAAACAGCCGAGAGCAGUGGGGCCGAGGUGCACCUCGAACGCGUGCAAAAAGGCUUCAAACCGGCUUUGUAAUGAAAUCAACGAGGAGGCCAGGAAGAAAGUGUUUGAUGAAUUCUGGCAGCACAUGAACUGGGCUCAGAGAAAGCUGUAUGUGGCAGAACAUGUUGACCGUGACCCCGUGGAACGAUCUCGGGCGGUGGGGUCACAGUCGAGGAGAUCAGUUUCACUCCGUUAUCACUUGAUGGUGGAUGGCAAGAGGAAACAAGUGUGUAAAAACAUGUUCCUGUCCACUCUGGGGAUAGGAGAGUGGUCUGUGCUCAACUGGACACAGAGAGGAGAAGCAAAAAAGAACGAAUCAAAUGAAAACAAAUUAGAAAAGAGGCAGAGUGUCACUGUCCCUCAGUGCUCACAACAGAGCCCUGCUUCUUCUGCAGCCAGUAUCACUGUGGACGUUACUCAGGAACAAGUGAAUGCUGCAGACAAAGACCGGCCACCAGAACCAGAGGGGCCAGCCGGGAAGAAAUCCAGAGUUGCCAAGCCGCUAACAUGGAAGCAAAAUCGACAGAAGCAACUCAGGAUGGAGGGAAAACCGUACAUCAGCAAACGAAAGAAAGACGGCACGACCAUAACGAAAGGUCAGAGGACAAUGGGACUGAGAUGCACGUCCAGUGCUUGCAAAAGGGCAUCAAACCGCUUCUGUGCUGACUUCAGUGACGAAACGAGGACUGAGCUCUUCACUAGCUUCUGGCAAUGCAUGAACUGGGCUCAGAGGAAGAUCUAUGUGUCCGGGUUAGUCGACUGCGACCCGGUGGAAAGAACACGAGCACCGUGGACUCAGUCGAGAAGGUCGGUUUCGAUGCGGUAUCAUUUAAUAGCCGACGGUGACAGGAAACAAGUUUGCAAAAAGAUGUUCCUCUCCACACUCGGGAUUGGAGAGUGGUCAGUGCUUAACUGGGCACAAAAUGCAUCCCAGCGUGACAAUUCAGAGGAAACCACCAAGAAGCCAACGCAGAGGAAGUCCCGGAAAGCUUCAGAGCAUGUCGUCCUGAAGGAGUUCCUCGAGAGUUUACCCAAAUUGCCCUCGUACUGUUGUGGGACAUCCGUCUCCAAGCUGUACCUGGAGCCGGUGUUCUCAAACAUGUCCGAGGUGUAUAGGCAUUACUACAACCACUGCUUAGAGAGGAAAACGGCUCCGCUCUCUCGGCAGGUUUUUUGUGCUGUAUUUAAAAAGAUGGAUUUGGGAUUGUGUGACCCCAAAAGGGAUCAAGGGUGUUCUUUCGGUGCAACUGGGAAUUUAUUUAAUGAGCUUUGGGAGGAGUACUGCUUGGAAAGAGGAGCUCCAGGACCACAACCAGAGAAAGUGUGUAACCAGUAGAGAGCGAUUAAGACUAAAAAGUUAAAGGAUGGCGUUCACGGUUUGUUGCUCCAUUACUUAAAACGUGAUCAUUUACACAUUGUGGAAAGGUGAAUUCCAAGACUUUGCCAAAAUGACUCAGUGAUCUCACUUACCAUUAAAACCUGUUAAAGAGGACCUAUUAUGUUCAUUUAAAGGUUCAUACUUGUAUUUCAUGCUUUAAUAGUUAAAAAAACAACAGUAUUUUCCUCAUACUGUCUAUGCUGAAACAUCUGUAAUGACUUCCCCCCAAAAAAUCCGAAAUCAGGUAAAAAUGGUCAAUACCAGCUAUGAAGAUAACAUGUCUGAUCACAGCUGGUGUGAAGCUACAUGUACAUUAGCAAAAUACUGCUGGGGAAUGACUGUAACAUCAGGUUCACACUGGACGUGGAAGCGCUCUUAAAAACACAGAUUUUCCGUAGAGCAUUGCCGUUAUUUUUGCCGUCCAUGUUGAGCAAUGUGUCGUGCCACAGCCUCAGUGGCCGGUUCAAAAACUGCAGCAACAGUUUCUGUCUCUGGUCUAUUUUUUUAAUGAAAAGGCUAUGUUAGAUAAAUGAUAAAUCGAUGAUAAAAUAUGCAUCCCAUUCUUCCACAUAUUUGUCAACUGUGUCUAAACAGAGAGUGAGACAAACAAGCAGACACAUAGACAGACACGCACUACACAGUUAUUUUAAGAUGCCUUUUAACAUCAGGCAAGUGACUACCGAUGAAAAUUAGCUCCCUAGUUAACUUGGGUGCACGUAAUUUGUUUAUAUGUGCAUUAGUGUACACUGUCCCUUUUUAAAUAAAUAAAUCAGGCAAACAGAGAGAGGGCUCAGACAGAGCAGAGGAGCAGAAUUUCUUGCUUACCUGCACUUAGAAAUGCGCUCCGGGUGUGAACAGCCUGGCAACUGCUGAUGGGCGUCUGUGGCACAGGUAACAUAUCGGGGCACCUUUCCGUCCAGUGUGAACCUGAUGUAACAGAGAAUAGCAGCACUUUGUACCGUGAAAAAUAACCAAUAAAACCUUCUUAACACAGCCAGACAUGUUUCAGCAGGAAAACGAUCAGAAAUCAAGGAGAAAUUUAUAACAUCAGCAACCAAGUUUACAUGUUUCCUGACAUUAGCAUGUAGGAUACAAAUGUUAACACUUGUUUGCCUGCAGCAGAUGACCAUAUAUAGUAAUCCAGCACACUAUGAUGUCAGACUGUUGCCAGAGUAGAAAAAACACUUGGAAACAGAAUAUUUAGAACUCUCCGAAGCCUGAGAUUUGAACUUGAGGAUUUGAACUUUGGCCCUUUUUAAUAUAAAUAUCAUUCACUGUUAUACCAUAUAUAAGAAGAUGCAAAAUAUGGAAAAUCAUAAUAGGUCCCCUUUAACAUACACUAUGGUUGCAUCCUCCAGGCUCACACUAUCCGAACUGAACUGAACUGAAGGAAUCCAGUCUUAAUGCAGCUGGACAGUUGUUUCACAUGAAUGUGAUUAUUUAAGCACUACACUUAUUUUGUUUUUGUACUGGGGAAUGCUACUUUGUUCCUUAAAAAUGUACAGGUUUUUUAUUAUGUUUUGUCAAACAUUGUUAAUAGUUCAAGGUUAAGACAAAAUGUGUCAAAAUAUGUGUACUAAAAUAAUACUAAAACAUAUUUAUCUGUUAAUCCGCUGUUUGGAAUUUCAAUAAGUGU